GCGGGGAGCGGGGAGGCGGUAUCGCCGCCGGGGCCUGUGCCGGAUUCUGAGCUAGAGCCCCGAGCUUGAAGCUGCGCCUGCGCCUGCGCCCGCACCGCGGCCUCGGCGGCGGCCCCGGCGGCAGGGCAGCGCCGUCCCGGGUCUCCGACUGAGGCGGCCCCUGCGCAAUGGCGGCCUCGGUCUUCUGCUGCCUGCGCUGCUGCGGCGACGCCGGCACCGGCCACAUCCAGCUAAAAGAAAUGCCGGCCGUGCAACUGGACACGCAGCACAUGGGAACAGAUGUUGUCAUUGUCAAAAAUGGAAGAAGGAUAUGUGGGACAGGAGGUUGUUUAGCCAAUGCACCUUUGCAUCAGAACAAAAGCUACUUCGAGUUCAAAAUUCAGUCCACAGGGAUCUGGGGCAUUGGAGUUGCAACUCAAAAAGUUAAUUUGAAUCAGAUUCCACUUGGCCGAGAUGUGCACAGCCUUGUGAUGAGGAAUGACGGAGCCCUCUACCAUAACAAUGAGGAAAAGAAUAGGUUGCCAGCAAACAAUCUUCCACAGGAGGGAGAUGUAGUGGGUAUUACAUAUGACCAUGUAGAAUUAAAUGUUUAUUUGAAUGGAAAGAAUAUGCACUGUCCAGCAUCAGGGAUACGAGGGACAGUGUAUCCUGUUGUAUAUGAUACUUUCGUCAGAGGUCAUGGGAUCCUGACUGUAAUACCUCCACUUUGGUCUCUAACUCUCUUCCCAUCCCUGAUUUCUAGAAAGACCUGAAAGGAGGAGUAUAAAGGCUGGAUGAACAGCUAAGGAAUUGCAAGGAUUGCUCACUCAUAUUGUGGUAAAACAGUAAAACGGGUUACCAUGGUGACUUCACUGCUCUGUACCUUUUGAUGAGGAAGUGUUUCUAGUAUCCAAGUCUGCCAUUGUUUUGCCUGUCCUCAUUCCAGGGGCUUCGUGGGACAUUAUGACCCAAUGUGACUUUAAUACACCUGCUGAGCAUGGGCUUUACCAUGGACAUAUUGGGGAAAACUUCCCUAGAUUGGGCACUUCUCUAAUGGAGAGUUACGUAACGGGGGAGUGACAUGGCAUUUAUAGCAGAACUGCUAAUCAUUUGAAAAUAGCAACAUCACAAACAAGUUUGGCUAUUUCCAUUAUGGGUCUCGCAGAUGGUCUUUGUCAUACUCCAGACAUCUCUCAUCAAUGUGAAUAUUCUCUUUGAGAAGGCAGAUCACAGUUCAUUCACAUUCAGCUGUCCUGUGUGAUUCUUGUUCAUGUCCUCCUAUGGACUUUCUACAUCAAGACGGGAGAUUCCUAGUGGUCCUUGACUUUGCAUGGAUACCAGCUGAGCCUGAAGGCUAUCCAUGUUGAAUCAGUGUCACCCCCACUAGGAGUAUAUGAGUCAGGGUCUCUCCUCGGCUUUCUCUAGGAAGGGCAGGCUUUAGAAAGCCUCACUCCCUCCACAAUCCGAAAGCCUGAACAGUUGAUCUAUGAAGUGUUUUGUGGUUGCAAUAGUUUGCCAGUUCCUUCUUCAGCUCACUUUACAAUUGAGAAAACGAAGGCAAACAGGGUUAAGUGAUGUGCCCAGAAUCACACACCUAUUAAAUAUCUUAAGGCAGAUUUGAACUCGUGAGGAAGAGUCCUGAUUCCAUGCCCAGUGCUCCACCCACUUCACCAUCUAGCUGCCUGAUAGAUGUAGUAAAUAGUCUUAAGGAUCAACUAACUGGUGCAGUCCUACCUGAAACUUUUGAAGAAAUAAAAUAAUUCCAAAACUAUUUCUGAAUUUUUUAAAAUGAUGAUGUCAGGAAAAUGAAAGCCUAUUUUUUGAAGUUUCUAGAACAAAAAAUUUGAACGAGUCUUUGACCGUAGAACAAAUACAUAAUAUAAGCAGCAAGCAGGUAUAUCCAGCAAAGAAGACAGCUUCUAAUUUGAAGAAAUGUCCAAAUUGCUUCAUAACUCUUACAUGAGACAUUGCCACUGGUAGACAGCAAAAAUUAUGGCCUUCUCUUGCCUGGAAAUUUAUUUUUGUCUUUUACCUUUAUAUAUUCAAAUCCAUCAUGUAAAGACCCUUCUCCAUUUCAAUGUCUGGAAUGAUUAUUAAAACCAAAUUUACCACAAAGUUGGUCCUUUG